AUGAGCUCCCCGCACUUCCCCGCAGACAUCUCAGCGUCCCUCCGCCAACUCCUCGACAGCACAACCUCCAGCCCAACACCUUCCAUCGCAGGCCUCGUAUACAGCGCCAUCGACCGCAAUGGCAACAGCUUAUUCACACACGCCUCCGGCUCACGCGGUCUCGCGCCUUUCAACAGCGAACCGAUGACCCCCGAUGCCGUGUUCUGGCUAGCCUCAUGCACAAAAAUGAUUACGGGUAUAGCAUGUAUGCAACUCGUCGAACAGGGGAAACUAUCUCUAGACGAUGCGCAACAAGUCGAGACUAUAGCGCCGGAAUUGAGAGGCGUAAAGGUUCUGGAGGGUGAUUUGAAGUCUGGAUUCAGACUCAUCGAGAAACAGAGAAAGAUCACGUUGAGGAUGUUGUUGAACCAUACCGCCGGCUUCGGAUACCCCUUCUCCCACCUCCAACUAACCUCCUACUCCCUCCCCAUCGGCUACGACGAAUUCAGCGGCCAUACGCCCGACAUCCUGGAUCUCCCCCUCGUAAACCAACCAGGCGAAAAAUUCGACUACGGUGUAAACAUUGACUGGGCCGGUGUCUUGGUCGAGCGCGUCACUGGUCUGUCAUUACACCAAUAUUUCCAACGAAACAUCUUUGAGCCGUUGGGGAUCAAAGAUAUUUCCUUUUUUCCCGGAGGGGAUAUGAAGAGCAGAUUGGCAUAUAUGCAUCGAAGGGCGGAGGAUGGGUCGUUGGGCGUGGUAGAUCAUUUGUAUCGGUUUGCAUUGAUGGAAAGACAAGGUCCGGAAGAGAGGUUUUGUUCUGGUGGUGCGGGGUGUUUUGGGACUGUUGGGGAGUACUGCAAGCUUAUUGCAGUCCUACUGAAUAAUGGGACAUGUCCCAAAACCAAAGCCCAGAUCCUCGAGCCGGAAACCGUCGCUGAAAUGUUCAAAGACCAAAUCCCCACCAUGCCACGAUAUCCAAAUGAACCCUCCCUCAGCGCCAAACCACAUCUCGCAAAACACGGUCCGGUGCGACCCCUCGCAGCCCACGAAACCGAAUCCCAAACCGAAGGGUGGGGAUUAACGUUUGCGAUUAACCAUGAAACCAAAGACUCAGGUCGAAAACCUGGAAGCGCGUCGUGGGAGGGGAUUGCGAAUUUGUUCUGGUGGGCAGAUAGGGAGAGUGGUGUGGGUGGGAUGAUUGGGAGUCAGAUUUUGCCCUAUGGUGAUGUUGCGGUGUUGGAUGUCAAUGAUGCGGCUGAAAAGCUGGUGUAUACCGGUUUGAAAAGGACGGAGGAUAUGUAUAAAUAA